AUCGAAGAAAACAAUCACAGACAGAGAAAGAAAAAGUCUGUUCGGUCCACACCCAAUUGCCCGAACCUUCAAAGCUUACAACGACUGAAGAAACCAGCACGAAACGGCCAUACCCUCUUGCAAGACUAGAGUUUUAUGUGGUUGCUGUUUUCCAAGUAUAACCUUUUGAAACAAAUUUUAGUCUACAUUCAGCAUGAGGGCAACCCUUUGAAUAACGUGGUACUGCUGCACAUUCGUUUUGUGGAUUCAUGGCUGACGAUGCUUUGACUGUACCUGAUGCUUCAUUUAGUUUGGCAGAACAAACUUUAGCUAUUGGUCAAGAAUUUCCUGAUGUUGAAACUUGCAGAAGAACAUUGAAAGAUAUUGCUAUAGCACUACAUUUCGAUCUACGGAUAGUUAAAUCAGAUCGCAGCCGAUUUAUAGCCAAGUGCUCCAAAGAAGGUUGUCCAUGGCGUGUUCAUGUGGCAAAAUGUCCUGGAGUUCCAACCUUUUCAAUUAGAACCCUGCAUGGAGAGCAUACCUGUGAAGGAGUUCGGAACCUCCAUCAUCAACAAGCAUCUGUGGGUUGGGUUGCAAGAUCAGUGGAAGCACGCAUUCGGGAUAAUCCACAGUACAAACCAAAGGAAAUCCUGCAAGAUAUCCGUGAUCAGCAUGGAGUUGCUGUGUCCUAUAUGCAAGCUUGGCGCGGGAAGGAGCGUAGCAUGGCUGCACUUCAUGGGACUUUUGAAGAAGGAUAUCGCCUUCUGCCUGCAUACUGUGAGCAGAUAAGGAAAACCAACCCAGGAAGCAUUGCGUCAGUUUUUGCUACUGGACAAGACAAUUGUUUCCAGCGCCUCUUUGUUUCUUUUCGCGCAUCAAUCUAUGGGUUUAUUAAUGCUUGUAGGCCACUUUUGGAGCUUGACAAAGCACACCUAAAAGGAAAAUACUUAGGUACAAUACUUUGUGCUGCAGCUGUUGAUGCCGAUGAUGCAUUAUUUCCUUUGGCAAUUGCUAUUGUUGAUGUGGACAGCGAUGAAAAUUGGAUGUGGUUCAUGUCAGAAUUGCGAAAACUUCUUGGAGUCAAUACGGACAACAUGCCUAGACUAACAAUACUAUCAGAAAGACAAAGGGGCAUGGUAGAGGCAGUAGAAACACAUUUUCCAAGUGCUUUUCAUGGUUUUUGUCUACGUUAUAUUAGUGAAAAUUUUCGUGACACAUUUAAGAACACAAAGUUGGUGAAUAUCUUCUGGAAUGCUGUUUAUGCACUUACAACAGUUGAAUUCGAAACUAAAAUCUCUGAGAUGGUAGAGAUCACCCAAGAUGUGAUACCAUGGUUUCAACAAUUCCCUCCUCAACUUUGGGCUAUUGCAUAUUUUGAAGGGGUGCGGUAUGGACAUUUUACGCUUGGUGUCACGGAGUUGUUAUAUCAUUGGGCACUGGAAUGUCAUGAACUCCCUAUUGUGCAAAUGGUGGAACAUAUUCGCCAUCAGUUAGCAUCUUGGUUUAAUGCUCGUCGUGAUAUGGGCAUGAGGUGGGCUUCUAUUCUUGUACCAUCUACUGAGAAGCAGAUUUUAGAGGCAAUUGCCGAUGCUCGUUGCUAUCAAGUUCUUCGUGCAAAUGAAGUCGAGUUUGAAAUUGUAUCGACUGAACGAACAAAUAUUGUAGAUAUACGAAGCCGUGUGUGCUCAUGUCGCCGUUGGCAACUCUAUGGUUUACCUUGUGCUCAUGCUGCUGCUGCGCUCCUUUCUUGUGGUCAAAACGUCCAUCUAUUUGCUGAGCCCUGUUUCACGGUUGCAAGUUAUCGAGAGACCUAUUCACAGGUGAUAAAUCCCAUUCCAGAUAAGAGCCGAUGGAAAGAGCUGGGUGAGGGAGCUGAAGGGGGAGGUGCUAAGCUCGAUAUCUCAAUACGCCCUCCCAAAACUCGCCGGCCACCUGGCAGGCCCAAAAAGAAGGUUCUCCGUGUAGAAAACUUUAAGCGCCCUAAGAGAAUUGUUCAAUGUGGUCGCUGCCAUUUGUUAGGUCAUUCUCAAAAGAAAUGCACAAUGCCAAUUUGACACUAAAUUAGAUUGCCAGAUUUUUUUUCUUUAGUUUUUUGUUAUUUUGAAAUUUGAAUAGAAUCAAUGUUGUGUUUGUAAUCUUAAUGUAUGUUUUCACUAUUUAGUUGCAAAAUAAGGAUGCAUCCUUUUUGGCAUAGUGUUUCUCUUUUUGUCUUGUGCAUAUGGUGGCAGCUUGUUUUUUGUUUUGCUGUUCUGUCUCCAAAAACAUAAUUAAAUCCUCUGCAUCUCGUUAGAAAUUUGUUUUCUAUUAUCUUUCUGUGGUAUGCAGUAUAUUCGUAAUCAUGAAGGGUAAAAAAUGUGAUUUUUUUUUUUGUCAGUUCUU